UUUGUUGUUUUGUUUUGAAAAAAUCAUCCGCCAAAUUUUGAAAUUUAUCUGCAUUUGCAAGAGAUUACAAAAACGUGCAAAAACGCUACAUUAGCUAAGUACUUUGAAAAUAUAAAGAUGCAAUUUUAUUUAAACAAUCUUUGAAUGAAGGAAUCUGUAUUAUAUUACAGAUAGAUGGAGCCGGAAAAGAAUAUGGUCGACAAUAUUGAAAAGUUCGACAUAAAACUCAAGAGCCAGCCGAAGGACGGAGUGAUCCUGCAGCUGCACCACACGAUCCGGCAGUCGAACGGCGAGUCGCGGCGGAUCCGCUUCGUGGCCGCCGCCUUCGAUGCCAAGUGCGAGAAGCUAGCGUGUGCCGACAGCUGGGGAAACCUCUUCAUACUCGACUUCGCUGAACUCCAGUUCUGGAAGCUCACCGGCGUCGGCGCCUGUAGUGCCGUACAGUUCAUAUCGCAUCUACAGGACACCCUCCUAGUAGCCACAUGCAAAAACUAUGACAUAUCGUUCAUGGAUGUGGAGACGGGCACUGCAACCCGCACCCUCGCUGGACACACCGCCCCCGUGAAGCACAUCUCCUUCUCCAAUGAGAAAAUAUGCAAUCUGCUCACCGCAAGCCCCGUCGAGGCCAUCAUAUGGGAUCUUAGAAAUUAUACUAAGUUCUUUACGUUGAAUACAUUUAAAGGUGCUCAGAUACAACAGAUUUUAUUCACACCGGCUGGGGACUAUUUAGUUUCGUGUUUCCAAAAUGACACAAUACAGAUAUGGAAGAAUGAGAGCAUGAAAUCUGUCAAGCAAAUUGUGCCAAAUGAGCUGAAGCGCAUGAGGAGUAUAGCAUUUACUAUGAAUGGCCGUGCAAUGGCCAUGGCUGGUCUGGCAUCUACUCUAAUACUAUUCAAUAUGGAUACUUGGAAAGCUCUCAAAUCUAUAGAUUUAUCAAAAUUUAACAUCUCUGGAGCACAACAAAUAGCAUUCAUUGCGCUACCCUUUGAUGGUGGCUGCAAUAAGAUCUUAGCCAUCCUGAGUAAUGACUGCAGCUUAUAUUUCCUGGACUUGGAGGCAUUGAGAAUAAUUUGCACUAUAACACCAGAAUCUUCAGGGAUUAAAAGGUUUUCUGUAAGCACUACCGGCAAAUACUUCUCAUGCAUACUUCAACUAGGAGAAGUUAACAUUUAUAACACAUCUUACGUGCUAGAAAUGGCUGUGAACUCCAACACUAAAGUUGAAAAACCUUAUUGUGCUUCAACAUCUGUUGCAAGAGUGACAGCUGCUAGAGAUCAGAUAACAUCCAAAGCAGAGGUGGAGCACAAUAUGAGGACCUGCAUGGACAGCUUGCGGCUCCGGAGGAUACUGAUGCAGUAUGGGGAAUACCCUGACAGAUACCGAUCUAUCAUUUGGAAAUCUCUAUUAAAUACACCUAGAAAUAAAGCUGCUUAUGCUGCAUUAGUAGAUAUGGGGGUACAUCAGGUAUUUCAAGAAAUAGAGAAACAAUUUACUAUACACAGCACUGGAACUUUAAACAGCCUUAAAAGGCUUCUCUCAUGCUUAGCACAUUGGUGCCCAUUGUUUGGAGUCAUGAAAUUUCUACCAGGUUUCACAUUUCCCUUUGUGAAGGUCCUACAGAAAGAUCCCAUGUUUUUGUUUGAAUGUGUGGCUUCAAUACUUAUAAAUUAUUGUCAACUCUGGUUUGAGUAUGCACCAUUUCCCCCAAUAAGUAUAUUAGCGAUGAUAGAGAAUGUUCUGGCUGAUCAUGACCAACAAUUGCUGAAUCAUUUCUGUGAGGUUGGGGUCACUAGUCAGGUGUAUGCACUGAAGAUUUUGGAAACUGCUUUCAGUGAAGUUCUGUCUUGUUCAGAGUGGCUAAUACUCUGGGACCACAUUCUGAGCAAUGAACCAGCAUUCAUGCUAAUGGCCGUAGUGUCUUACUGCAUUGUACAAAGAAACGCAAUUAGAAAACUGAAGACACUGCAUGACAUGGAACACUUUUUCCACACACAAAACCCUAUUGAUAAGAAGACAUUUCUCAAGAAGACCUAUAAUUUACUCAAUGACACUUCAGCAGAUAUUCACCCACGGAAGUUCUUUCGUAAAUUUUCUCCUCUAGAGAAGGGGGACUGUUACCAGCAGUUCACGGCGUACCCUGUAGCAACCAUCACUCUAAGGCUGGCUAGGAAGGAUCGGAGCCAUUCCGCUGUGCAGAAAAUGAGUCUCAGAAAUCUGAUAACAAAGAGUCAAGAACGAAUAAUAGAAGAGGGAUUACUGGAUGAGGCAGUAAUGAGGGCAGACUGUAACCCUAGCGCAGACGCGAUUCAAAGCUGCGAGAUAAGCCCAGUAAAGCCCAUGUCUCCUAGUAGUGAGAGACCUCCUAGUGCCAGCACCAACGGACAAGUGAGCGUCGGGCCGGUGUACCCGGCGGCCGUUCGAAGCCGCAGCAAAAACAAAAUACGAUGUGACUCUAAACACAAGAGAGAUAGUGUAAAACACCUGUCGCGUAAGAACUAUCGAAGAGCAAGCAACGACAAAAAUUAUGCACUGGAAAAUGAAAUUAAAAAGUUGAUGCCUGGCUCGCAUCUGGAAGCCAAUCAUUCAAAUUUCAAAUACGAAUACGUGAUAUUUUGUGCGUAGUUAUCCAAAUUGUAAAUGUUCCUCAUCUAUCAAACUAGCAUGUUUAUUUCGUUCACAAAAAAUACACCGAAACAUUUUAUUUAUAAAAUAAUUUAAUUAUGAAACACAACAUCGAAACUUCUAGUCGCGCGUAUAAACAAGCAAGUUUUGUUUCAA